GGGUAGAAAAAUAUGAUAGGCCAAUGGAGGUCAUGUGACAUAACAUACAUGUAGGUUGUCUGCCAUAUUGAAUCCUGCGAAGUGACUUUCGUCCUAGUAAUCCCGAGACAUUUUUACACAAUUUUAUUACAUUGUCGGUCAAAUUUCUCUGAAUUGAUUAACAUGUCUGAAACUCUGAACUUCGGUCCACAAUGGCUAAGGGCAUUGUCAGGCGGUGGUACUACGACUAGUGUAACAUCACCUCCACCUUCACCGGGUAUAACACAAUUCAAGCUUGCUGAGUUCAGGUACGGACGGGAAGAGAUGUUAGCACUGUUCAAGAAAUCAAAUCAGCCGCCUUCAGGGCUGGAAGAGUUUCUUUCAAUAUGUCGGAAAGACAGUGCCUUACCGAUGGCUUUAACCCCUUUAUCUGAAGAAGAGCAGCAUGCUCUGUCGCAGUGUGUAAAUUCUACAUUGGUGCUACGUUUAACAGGGAGAGGCACAGGAGGGUCAAGUGUGAGAGGGAGAGGGGGUGCAACUAGAGGAAGGGGUAGAGGAAGGGGAGAAUUUAUGAGAAGUGGCUAUGACGAGGAGGGUGGUGGAGGAGGAGGUGGAUUUUCCCGCAAUUUCAGUAGGACUCAAAGCUGGGAUGAAAGUCGUGAUUCAAGAUUUCGCAGUUUUGAAGAUUCCGGUCCACCGUCUCCUCGGAAGCAUUUUGAUCGUAGUAUUAGUGAGAAUUGGCGUUCACGUGGAGAGAGAGGAUCAACUCGAGAAAAUGGGGAAGAUGAUGGAGGUUGGCGGCAAGCGCCCUCAAGAACUUCUCGUAACACUCGUGAUGAUGAUAAUUGGAGGACAGGUGGGGGGGGGCCAAGAACAAGUUGGCGGCAACCACGGGAACGCAAUACAUCGUUCAGUGAGUAUGAUGAAGACCGAGAACGAGAAAGAGGUGAUCGGCCUGAGCGAAGGUACAGUGCACGUAAUAGGCGAGAUAGUUAUGAGGAGACUACGGAAGACUUACCUGAAUGGGCGAAAGAUGAUGCGUUUGAAGACGAUGCAAUGAUUAGUUCCUUUGAUUCAUCUGGGGCAUUUUUCUCAAUGAAGAAAGAGGAAAAGGAUGUGAAUAAGAAGGAGAAUAUGAAUAAGGAAGAUUCCAAGACGGAUCCUAAGAUUAUUGAAAGUAAUAAAGAACAAAAUGCCUUGAAAGAAAAUCCUAAAAAACAAAAAGAACUUCAAGAGACUAAUAGUACCAAAACAGAUAAACACUUAACAAAAUCUAGUAUUUCAAAUGUUGAUUCAACCAAAGAUUCCAGACCUGAAGUGUCAAAAACUAAGGAAAAGAAUGUAAGCAAUAAGACUCCAGGAGAAUUGUUGUUAGCGGAAAUCAAAGGCAGCAGUGUGACAAGUAAACCGAAGGAAGAGGAGCAGGAAGAGCAACAUCAGACUCUUGAGAGCGUUGAAAAGAGCCUACUGGCCAUUACGGAAAACAAUGAACCUCCAGAAGAAUUGCAAAAGGAAAUAGAUGUAGUAGUAGAGAAGGAAGAGGAAGAGGAAGAGGAUCCGUUGGCACGGAUAGAGAAGGAGGCAGCUGAAGACAUUGUUAAAAUGACCGAAGAGGAUGAUGAUGAUAAACUCCUACGAACAAUUACUGGUAAGCUUCAGUGGCAGCAACAGCAGCAGCAACAAGCUGCUAGUAAAGUUGUCGCUGCAAAUGCAGACAUUUCCCGUAGAUGGUUAUACAAGGAUCCCCAGGGUGCUGUACAAGGACCCUUCAGUGCGGGAGAGAUGGCAGAUUGGUUUGGUGCUGGCUAUUUCACCAUGACACUACUUGUUAAACGCAGCUUUGAUGAUGUCUUUCUUCCAUUAGGUGAAUUAAUUAAACAGUGGGGACGAGUUCCUUUCCUUCCCGGUCCAGAACCACCUCCCAAUAAGGCCCCAGCUAGUCCACAAGUGAAAGUGGCAGGCCAAUCAAGGAAGGACCUGAGCCCAGAACAGCAACUUAUAAUCCAGCAACAACUACUACAGCAACAAAUGAUGCAACUGAUGGCUCAUCAACAACAACAGAUUCUGAUGAGAUCUUUCCAAAUUCAACAACAAUUUGCGCAGAAAGGUCAAAUACUUACCCCACAGCAGCAGCAGUUCCUCUUACAACAGCUUCUAUCUAAGAUGCGGCAACAUCAGUACAUACUUCAAAAACAGCAACAAGCUGCACAACAACAUCCAGGACAAAAGCCACCUCCCCAGCUACAACGCCAGCUCAGUGGUACUACAAGAGACCGUAGUUUGACUCCUGAGUCAAAGGUAAAGGGUGAGGAAGAUGGCCCGAUUAUCUCAGUAUGGGGAACUGGCCCAGGAGAAGAGGUCAAGAAAAGAAGGGAAGACUAUGAGAUUGGUGUUUGGCAGCCAGAGGGCGGUAGUGGACAGGUGGGACGACCAGGAUUUGGUAACGAUAAUUGGGAGGUUGGUGUGUGGGACCCAUCGGUCGGUGAUCCAAACUUUGCACUCAAGAAACAAAUGAUGAAUGCUGCAGAAGGCUGGGACAUAGGAGUGUGGGACCCCUCAAAACCAGAAGGCAAAGUGUUAACAGAAGAGGCUUUUAAUGAAAGAAUGAGAAAGCAGCAGCUGUAUUUUGCCAGACAAGCAGAAGAACGAAUGCAGGCCUUAGCAAGACAACAGGGAGAUAUAAAGUUAAAAGAAGAGCUUAAACGAAAGGAAGAAGAACUGAAAAAGCAACAAGAAGAACUACUCAGAAGAGAGGAGGAACUUAGGAGACAGGAAGAACAGAGAAUGGAAGAAAUGAGAAGACGAGAGGAAGAAGAAAAGAGGAGGCAACAGCAGAUUAGACAGGAGGAAAUCUUGCGGCAGAAAGAGGAAGCUUCCCGAAGAGUUGUUGAGGAUGACAGGAAAAGGAAAGACCAGGAGGAGAUGUUGAGGCAACAGGAGAAAGAGAUGCAACAGAAAGACAUUAAAAAGAAAGAAAUGAUGAGACAAGAAUUGCAAAGACAACAGGAACAACUUUUGAGGCGACUUCAGCAGCAACAGCAACAACAACAGCAGCAGCAACAACAGCAGCAGCAGCAACAGCAACAAGUAGAUCCAGUGAAGCUACCAUCUACUGCUAUGUGGGCUCAGAUCAGCACAAGCGUACCUAGCCCCAGUUCUCAGUCAAGUCCAAGCUUAUCUCACAUUCAAAACUUACAAGCCCAGCAAGAAGAACGUGACAGGCAAGAGAAACAACGGCGUAUGCAAGCUCACAUACAGGAACAACAGCAGCAGAACAGAGCAGGAUGGGCUAGCAAGGCAGCUGGUAAUGUAAAUGGUAAAGGGAGCACCAAGUCACUGCGCGAGAUCCAGGAGGAACAGUCUAGGCAGCAGAAGCAGCACAAGUCUGAACCUGUACAAGCCAAAUCACAGCCAAAUCUGCCUGUAACAUCUGCAGCAGUUUGGAGAGGGAACUCUAACACAUCUUUGAAUUGGGGUUCUGGUUCUUCUGAUAACAGCAAUAAUGUUUGGGGGUCAUCUGACACCAGCAGUCUGGCUUCUGGAGGAUUUUGGGAUGAGUGUACACGUGAAAACACUGCCAUGCAAAAACCUAAAGCAAGUGACAACCAUUUCCCGAUGUUGAGGGCACCUGCAUCAAAUCAAAACCUGACGCAACAACAACAGCAUUCACAAUCCAAUUCUAAGUCUAGAACAGCCAAGGAAGAGGAAAAUGUUAAGAGGCUUUUUCAAAGCAAUAUGGUGAGCGAUGAAUUCACGACAUGGUGUGAGAUGACUUUAAGAGGAAUGGCAGCAUCAGUAGACAUCCCAACUUUUAUAGCAUUCCUGCAAGACGUUGAGUCUCCAUAUGAACUUCAUGAUUAUGUUAAGGUCUAUCUUGGUGAAUCACGUGAAACGGCAGAUUUCGCACGCCAGUUCAUUGAACGCCGACAGAAAUUGAGACAAAUGGAUGCUCCAUGGAUUGUUCAGGGAAAAUCUUCCCAUGUUAACAGCUCAUCCUAUGGAGACUGGGAAUCUGAUUCGAUGCGCAAAUCUGGCGGAGGGAAGAAGAAGAAGCGCUUCCAAACCUUAGAUCCUAGUAUUCUGGGCUUUAGUGUGAAUCCAGCAGAUCGAAUCAACAUGGGAGAGAUUCAGACAGUGGACGAUUGAAGGUGGUGGCACAAGAACAUCUCGGUAUUCGUAUAAGUUACAGCGUUAAUAAAUAGUAUAUUCAAUUUCAAAAGCAGAAAAUCGGUGUGAUUGUUGAGUCUGUAUUGAAUUCAGGAAAAAUGUUGAAACCGGUUAGCGGAUUCCAUGCAUGGAACUCAGCAGAGGCCUAGUGCCAUGCACAACAGACAGUGCCAAGAAAGAAACUAAAUCGAAACUGUUUCGAUUUCAUUAAAACAUGGUAAUGUUGCAAUAAAAUGGUUUGUUGUGGUGAACCAUUAUUUUAGUUCGUCUCUCUGUUACCCUUACGCUUGUGGUGUAGGUUCAUGCUUCUGUGGCAUGUCAGCAAUGAAUCCCACACUUAUAUUGCUUGGAAGUUUACAAGGUAAAAUAAUACAGCAUAAGCUUAAUUGUGUUAUGGUUCCCAGGAUUAGUUACCAUCGAUUCAAAGGUUACUGUCAUACUUGGCUGCAGUAUCUGUUCCUCAGUUGUUUUCAGAAUCUAUUUCAUGCUCUCAGAAAUUUUUACUUUGGUUAUUUUUAUCUUUAGUUAUUUCCAUGGUUUCAGAAGGUGGUAACCAUGGUGUUAGAAGCUAUUACCAUAACUUCUGAGUACACUAUUAUUCCAGAAACAAUAACUAAUUAUGCCCAGUUGUCAUGUACGUAUUAGCAAGUAUAUUUACUUUAUUAUAUUAUUUUUAUUACCUAUUAGGUUUAUUUAUGCAUAUUUAUUUCAGAGUACCAUUUUAUUUCUAAUUAAUUGAUUGUCUUUAAAUGUUGAUGAUCAUUAUUAGAAUGAUUGUUUAGAAUAAUAUUAAAUUAAUUUUAAUUCAAUGAAUUUUGUUUUUAUUCUAACAAACAAAACCUUGCCACUUGGCAUGACAUCAGUAAGAAUUAAAUGUGUUAAACACUUCCAUACACAAUAUGCCCCAUAGAGUAACUACUGUAUAUUAAAAUGCAAGAAAUUGUAUCUCAAAAAUUUUAACAGCAAAAAUAUGGGUUUUUGCUAAUUUUUUUUUUUCUUUAACAAAAUAUUACCAGAAAGGGACGAAUAAAUUAAUAAAACAUUUUCAUUCCUUGUAAAAAAAUUUAACCAAAUUAGAUUUUUACUAUUAGCCUUGUCCAUAUUUAGGGAAGGUUGUACCUUGUCCAGAUGAAUUUGUUGGCAUUAUUUAAUUUGUCACCAAUUUGAUUACUGCAAUAAUGCCAAAUCCAAUACAAUUUUACAUAUUAUUUAGGGAAUGGCUAAUCCUACAACACAUGUUCAAAAAAUUGUAAACUGGAAAAACAAAAAUAUUCUGUUUGCGAUAUAUGGGGUCACAAUCGUUAAAAAAGGUCACAAACAAAUUUGCGUAUGUUAGCAUAACAGGAAUAUUUUGGAACUGUCUUGACUACUUGAUUGCUUGCUAAUUGCAUAUAAAGUUGGCGUCUCCAUUAGAAUUUUUGAGUGGCCGAUACAUAAGGUUGGACUGUAUGUACACAUGUUGGGUUGGGUGCUUGCAUUUAUUGUGGUUUUUUUAGAGGACUACUUGUCCAAGUAACUGGACUACUUGUCCAACUAAGUGUAUGUGUACUGUACAUGAACAUUGAUUUUAAUUGUAUGUUUUGCUGAUGUGUGUCUUGAUCCUAAUGUCGGUGUGUAUUGUGUUUUUCUUAUGUGUGCAUGCUGAGUUGCAGUUGUUAAUGUAAAUGUUGAUCCUAACGCUCUGCCUAAAUUGUCAAGUCAUGUGAUCUCAUAAAUCUUGCGAGUGUGUACAGAGAUUAGUAAGUGUGAACAGAGAUUAGUAAGUGUGAACCAGGAUGAUACUAUCUAUGCAAUGUUUAAGAGGUGCUUAAAUUUUACCUUUGUAUUUAAUUUCUUCACAUUAAUAUCAACUUAUUUUAUCUUUCGCCACUCCCUUUCCUACAUAUAAUCGUGUAUAUUGAAAUUUGUUUUAUUCCUUGCUUUACAAGCCUUGGAGGCACUUGGGGAGGUGGUAGUGGGUAUGCUUAAAUGACCAUAGAAGGAAGUUAAUUGUGAUGGAUUGGAAAUAUCUUGAAGGUAAAGGUACUACAGUAUUUGUCAUUAAAGUCAAAAACUUAAAUAUCAAUAUGAAAAUUGUUAUACCAGUGAAUGUACAAGAAUAUUUAAUUUUGUUUCUCUGCUUUUGGUCAAUAAACACAACAUUUAUUGUAGAUCUCAUUAUGGCCAUAAUUGUGAUGGAUUGGAAAUAUCUUGAAGGUAAAGGUUUUUAAUAAACACAACAUUUAUUGUAGAUCUCAUUAUGGCCAUACUUGCCUCAGUUGUAAAGAGCAUUAAGUUAUUAGCAUGAUUUUCUGUUUACAAUCAUUAUAGUGAUGUAGUUAAAAUUUUGAAAAUGGCAUAAUUAUUGAGAAUUUCCUUGUUGCAUACAGUAGUGUUAAAAAUGGUCCAUGGUGCACAGCUUUUCCCUUUUUUUAUAUAUAUAUUUAUUUCCAGGUAAACCAAUCCCAAAUAAAUUUAUGCAGGUACCCAUGGCAAGAGUUAGCAAAAUUUAGGAGUAACCAAUGGCAUUUAGCAAUUGAUAGAAGGUACCCAUAUGGCAAUUAUCAAUUGAUAGGAAAAACAUAUGGCUAGACUUAGAAAAUAUCGAUAGGAGGAACCCAUGGAAAUCAUCCAUUGAUAGGAGGAACCCAUGGCUAGACUUUGACAAUUUUGAUAGAAGGAACUCAUUACAAUUAUCAAUUGAUAGGAGGAACCCAUGGCAAUCAUCAAUUGAUAGGAGGAACCCAUGGCUAGACCUAGACAACUUUGAUAGAAGGAACUCAUUACAAUUAUCAAUUAAUAGGAGGAACCCAUGGCAAUCAUUAAUUGAUAGGAGGAACCCAUGGCUAGACUUUGACAAUUUUGAUAGAAGGAAAUCAUUACAAUUAUCAAUUGAUAGGAGGAACCCAUGGCAAUCAUCAAUUGAUAGGAGGAACCCAUGGCUAGACCUAGACAACUUUGAUAGAAGGAACUCAUUACAAUUAUCAAUUAAUAGGAGGAACCCAUGGCAAUCAUUAAUUGAUAGGAGGAACCCAUGGCUAGACUUUCACAAUUUUGAUAGAAGGAAAUCAUUACAAUUAUCAAUUGAUAGGAGGAACCCAUGGCAAUUAGCAAUUGAUUGGAGGAACCCAUGGCUAGACUUUGACAAUUUUGAUAGAAGGAACUCAUUACAAUUAUCAAUAGGAGGAACCCAUGGCAAUCAUCAAUUGAUAGGAGGAACCCAUGGCUAGACCUAGACAACUUUGAUAGAAGGAACUCAUGGCAAUUAUCAAUUGAUGGGAGGAACCCAUGGCAAUUAGCAAUUGAUAGGAGGAACGUAGGGCAAUUAUCAAUUGAUAGGAGGAACCCAUGGCAAGACUUGAACAACGUUGAUAGAAGGAACUCAUGGCAAUUAGCAAUUGAUUGGAGGAACCCAUGGCAAAACCUAGUCAACGGAUAGGAGAAACGUAUGGCAAUUAGCAAUUGAUAGGAGGGACCCAUGGCAAGACUUAAACAACUUUGAUAAAAACAAUCUUAUGGCAAUUAGCAAUUGAUUGGAGGAACCCAUGGCAAGACUUAGUCAAUGGAUAGGAGGAACAUAUGGCAAGAUUGAUAGGCUCCCAUUUCCAGGCUUAGUUGAAAUGUGGGGGUUUGUAAGAAAAGAUGGCCUGGUUCUUUACAAAAAUGCUAUCACAAAAAAAAUAUAGUGUAGUUUUUGUGUCUGUUCACUAUGUCAAGAUUUGAUCCUUGUCUUGUGGCGAUACUAUGAAAUAUGUUAGGGACUUAGAACUGGGGUGUGACUGUGAUGGUGUGCUGUGUAUCGGAGAAGCUAACCUGAUAGUGAGAAAACAAGACUAGUAAAAAUGUGAGGUGGUUGUGUUUGCAGAUUUGGGCAAUGAAAAAAAAAUUCUGUCAGACAACAGGGCAUUACAUUCUCAUUCAAAAUUUAAUGAUAUUAAUGUUUUAUGUUUAUAUUCUUUAUACUGUACUAUUAGUGUGUCAUUCCAUUAGUGUUUUUAUGUCUUGAUCACCAAUUCCUAACUUUACUCAAUUUUACUGAAAUGUUUCCCCUUUUAGUCAGCAAGGCUUGUGUAUAACACAAUGUAAUCUGCCAUCUUAUCAGUUCUAAAUAAUAAAGUAUAUGUUUGUUUUUCAUUAUUUCUACUUUUUUUAUUCAUAUAUUUUAUUCUAUGAAGUGAUAACUAGAAACAUUUAGACCUUAAAUUUCAAGAAAAAAAUAAUGAAAUAGUCAGAAUAGAAUGUUUAUAUAAGAGGUCAUAGGUUUUUUUUCCCCUUGACAACAGAUAAGACAUGCUGUAUUGUGUUAAUAAAGUUUUAAUGGUUUCUUUGCACCUCUGUAUCAUUAAAGAUAACUUAAAACCAAAUGUAUUGUAAUUUGUAAUCUAUAAUUUUAGAGUAAAUCAUAUUUUGGCAAAAUAAUAUACAGUAGUAUUAAUUUUAAUUGCUUAAUUUCACAAAGAAAGACUAAUGCUGUACAGGUUAUUCCAUUAUGCAGUUGGGGUAUGUACUUGUAAUAGAAAUAUUGCUCCUUAAAUUAUGCUUGGUUUUAACUCUUCCCUACUUUUAAGGUUUUCUUAUUUUAUUGGAUCACCUGUCCAUAAAUCAUAAUUUUUUAAAUAAAUUUCUAAAACAUGUUAUAGGUUAUUUGCCUUAUCAACACAAUGUUAUGCCACUGUAUACAGAACAUAAAAUUAGAUAUUGGUUAAUGUUAGUGUUUUAUUAUCAUGAGGCAGUGUGUUAAAUCAUUCCAUUUUGAAAGAAAUGUGUCUCUACUCACUCUUGUUUGUCAUUUGUAUUUUUCUUCCUUCUAUUCAAAAAAUAUCCUUAGUUUUGUCUUUCUACAUUAUAUCUUUUUGUCAAGUAUAAUGGUUUUGAAUGGAUGUCAAAAGAAAAUUAUGAUGGAUUUUUGUUUUCUUUCAUUUCCUAUCACUAUUGUGCUGUAUUCAGAUAUUUAUUACAAUUUGAAGAUAAAUUCAGGUUGUAAUUAACAACAAUAAUUAAUGUUAUAAUAAUCUGUUUCAUGAAUUGCUUCAUGAAUAUAGUACAUGAUAUAUCAAUAAUUAUUUAGCACAUUCGCAUUUAUAUUAACAAAUUUAUAUUAGCAAUACGUUGUGAUCAUUUUGAAUCAAACACCAAAAUUAUGCAGGUGUAUAUGGAUAUAUGAAUCAUAGAAAUUUAUCCUCAACAAUUCCAUUUUUGUGCAAGUACCUUUAAGUGUAAUACAGGCUGUUUUGUUUUAUGUCCUAAGGAACUAUUUAUUUACAAAGUUCUUUACUUGCUUUUUGUUGUUCAAUACAAGUAACAAAUUAACAGUAACUUUUCCCAGUCAUGAUUGUGCACCUUAAAUAUCGCCCUCUGUGUCCCAGUCGAUGUCUUACAAUGUCGUAGAGGGCAGUUCAUGCUAAAUCUGUGCCUACAAACAAGUGCUUCUACGAGUAUGCAUAAUCUCAUAUUUUAAUAUGUAUAUCUCAGUACAAUUAUGCAUUUAAUACCAAGUUCACACGAAUUGUAAGAAUCUGUUACUCCUUUUGCUAACUGGUGUACUUGUGAAUUUGGUAUCGGAGCGCUAAAUUAUGCAUUUCAAAGGUUGUAAUUACAAGUCUACUUAACUACACGUAGAGUGUAUACUGUAAUAAAAUUACGCAGUCAAUUGUGACGUGUACUGGAAAAUGCAUUGCAAUACUGAAUAUAUAAACUGGUAUGCGACCGUGUAGCAUGCGCAAAGAGGUUUGCAACAUGUGCCCAGUUGAUAAUAAUAAUGGGAAGGGAGCCUACAUCAUUGUUCAAUGAAUCUGUUUUAGACACUGAUUUAUUUUUAUGAAAUAUUAUUGUCAAUUUUUUGUUUUUGUUAUUUUCAUUGGUCAUAAUAUAAGUAUUAAUGUGUUAUUACUUUAUUACCUUAUUUAACAUUAAUAAUAUGAUGAUAGCCUCUUUUAAAUAGUCUAUUAUUUAAAUAUUUGUAUUCUUGUUACUAUCAUCAAAUUGUUACUGAUGUAAUUAAGUUUCAACAGAUGGGACAACUCUAACUUGUAAUAUACCGAAUGUAUGAUAAUGAAGAGAAUUAAAAUACUUUAAGCAUUGGCAUAAUA